AUGUUCACGGUGCCGGCCCCCCCGGCUCCGGGCCACCCGGGGGCCCCCGGGUCCUCCCUGCCCUCGGUCCCCUGCUUCUCCUCCCCGGCCCUGCCCACCUCCCACCCAAAGCAGCUGGCGGUGAGGACCAGGUCGGUGGGCACCAGCACGCAGGAGGGGGGGGGCGCCGGCGGCCCCCCAGAGGGGGACCCGGCCUGCCCGGGGCCCUGCCAGCCCGGGACCAGCGUCAACCUGGAGGGCAUCGUGUGGCACGAGACGGAAGAAGGCAAACCCAACUCAGAGCCUUGUUUCCGUCUCUUCAGGUUCUGCGAGUCGCCCUGCAGUGACCCCGAGCUGCCCGGCGGCCGUGGGCGGGGCAAACGGAUGCGGAUGGCCAUGGCCGAGCGGCCCUGCCUGGACCCGGCCUCCUCGGCCAAAGCCAGGGGCCUGGCUCACCACCGGAGCCGGGGGGGCGGCGUGGCCGGGGGGGCGGCGGCCUCCAUCCACAGCAAGGGCCGGAGGGGCAGCCUGAACCUCCUCGGCGGCGGUUGCAGGGCGCCGCCGUCGUCCUUCUUCGCCGUGGACGAGGUGAAGCCGGCCGGCGGCGCCCCCCCGCCCGCCUCCCCGACCUCCGGGAAGAGGAAGAACCGGCCGCCGGCCGACCUGGACCUCAGCCUGGUCUCCGCGGACGACGGCAAGAACCCCAACGCCAAGAGGAUCCGGGCCAAGUCGCGCAGCGCCCCGUCCACGCCGCAGGGCAAGUCCGACCCCUCGUUCAUGGACCCGGGGGGGGGCUGCGCCGCCUCCUCGCCGCCGCCGCCCAUCCUCAUCGACUGCCCGCACCCCAACUGCACCAAGCGCUACAAGCACAUCAACGGGCUGCGCUACCACCAGACCCACGCCCACCUGGAGGCCGAGGAGCAGAGGAAGCCCGAGCUGGACGCCCUGAAGGACGGCGAGGCCGAGGACCGGCUGUCCGACUGCGAGGACGCCAUCGGCAGCAUGACCUACGACCUCUCGGAGAUGAACAGCGGCUCCUCGAAGAGACCGGCUCCCCUCUACAAGGUGACCACGGUGGGGUCCCCCAAGAACAGACGGCUGCUCCUCAGCACGGACCACAGCCCCACGGCCAACUCCAAGACCAGGAGGACGUCGUCCCACCUCAAGGACGGGCUGAUGGACGACCUCAGCAACCUGCCCAUCAUCUCCAACAUGACCGUGGUCCUGGAGAACUGCAUGGUCCCGGACAGGAGCUCCUCGGUGGAGAUGCCCAAGCUGGAGGCCGAGGGGCUGAUCGAUAAGAAGGGAGGAGCCAAGAAGGCCAACGGGAAGGUGGAGAAGCUGUCCAAGUCCAGGGCCAACCGGCCCAUCGCGCCCGCCCCAGCGCCGCCCAAACUCAUCGCCAUACCCAACACCACGUACCCGACAGGCACGGCGGACGUGGUCAGCCCCCAGCAGCCGUCUCCCAUGGCGGCGGUCGGCCUGACCAGUAAGAACCUGCCCCUGAAACCCAUCAAGCCAAAGCUGAGCAUCGUGGUGGAGCCGGGUCUCGUCAAAGCCGCCAUGGUGGCCUGCAAAGAGACCAGGAAGAAGGAGAAGCGGAGGCUGAAGGACAAGCAGAGAGACGUGGCCGUCAGGACCUCCAACGGCGACGGCGGGGUCAAAAUGGAGGACGGGGGCGGCGGUGGCGGGGGGGCCAAAAUGGGCGUGAAGGAGAUCUCCGGGAGCCUCCUGAAGGAGCACCUCAGCAAGCAGGACGUGAUGAACGGGCUCACCGAGAGCCAGGAGAGCCGGAUGGCCAGCAUCCGGGCGGAGGCCGACAAGGUCUACACCUUCACCGACAACGCCCCCAGCCCCUCCAUCGGGGGCUCGUCGCGGCUCGACCCGGCGGCGGCGGUUGGGGCGGCGGACGGCGGCAGCAAGAACAACAGCCCCGCCUACUCGGACAUCUCCGACGCCGGGGACGACGGGGCGUCCGCCGAGUGCCGCUCGGUCGAGGGCCUCCGGUCCAAGUCGGGCUCGCUGGGUACCCCCGAGGUGGGCGCCACCGGCAACCACGGCGCCUCUGGGAAAACGCCGCCCGCCACCGCCGCCGCCUCCCAGCCCCCGAAGGAGCCCCAGUCCCCGUUCUACCACGGCUACGAGCCGUACUACCUGCAGGGGUACAUGCAGGCCGAGAGGCUGGGGGGCGGCGGCGGCUUCCACAAGAGCUCCGCCCACGACUGCAAAGGCAAAGACGAGACGAAAGACGAGGAGAAGGCGCCCUCCCACGAGUUCCCGGACUCUAAGAAAGGCGAGGGCCCCCCUCAGUCCCAGCUCCAGCUGACCAUGAGCCAGACCCAGACGGCCCUGGCCCAGUCCCUGUACUACGGCCAGUACUCCCGUGGACUCUACAUGGACCAGAAGCUGCUGCUGGCCUCCAAAUGCUGCGACCAGACGCCCGCCGGCAAGCAGAGGGGCCAGGGGGGCCGAGACGGGGAGGAUGUCAAACACCUGGUCGGGGGUCCGGCCGGCGGGCCGCUGAUAGGUAAAGGUCUGGACGGUGCUAAAGGAUGCUGUCCCAAGCAAGUCCUGUCCUACGUGGAGAUGGGCGAGAGGGGGGAAAGGGGGCAGAGUCUGGGCCUGAAGGUGCACGGUGGCCUGGUGGACCAGCACCAGGUCUCAGUGAAAGACUGCGAGGACAUCAAGUCGCCCUCCUCCUCCUCUUCCUCCUCUUCCUCCUCCUCGUCCUCUUCGUCCCUUCACAACCCAAACAGUCAGACAGAUCUGGACUCAAAUGUUUCCUUUUCCAGUCCCUCAGACGGCCCCGGCUGGGCUCACCGCCUGGCUCACAGCAGCAAAUACUCAGAUCUGCAGAGUCCACACGGGGACGAGGCCGAGGAGGGCGAGGCCGACUCUGGGAAAGAGUGGGGGGCCACUCUGGAGCCUACAGGGGCCAAAAUGACCUCUGGAGGAGGAGGAGGAGGUGGGGACGGCAAAAAGGCCAGAGGUCACGGCUGCCUCGAUCUGCCACCCCCCAUCAACUUGGUGGAGGGGGGGGAGGACCAGAGCCAGGAGCCAGCGGGGCUGUCCGAGGAGUCCCAGAGCGCCCGGGUGGCCGUGUCCCCCCCCAUGACCCCCCAGCAGCCCUACAUCCAGUACCAGCACCCCUCCUACCCCCCAUACCUGGCCAUGUGCGAGGGCGGCGGGGGCUCCUACCGGGGGGUGUCCCCCACCCUGGUCCACGGUUACCCAGGCUUCCACUACCCUCUGUACGGGAAGACGGCGGGCCGGGACGAGUCUGAGGGGACGGCCGGCCGGGGGGGGGCGGCGAGCAGCAGCAAGCAGCUGGCCGACCCCCCCUCGUCCUCCGGGGUGGAGCUGCUGCAGCAGCCGGGCCUCCAGUUCCAGGGAAAGUCCCCCGCUCCUGGUGAGAAGGGCUCCCCGGAGGCAGAGAGGGAGGCCGAGCGCGACAGGAACCACGUGUCGUUCGCCCGCCACCUCCACACACACCAUCACACACACCUGGGCAUGAGCUACAACCUGAUGUCAGGCCAGUACGACAUCUACCAAGGUCUGGGCUCCAGGUCGCUGGUCUCCAGUCAGCAGGUGUCGGGACACUCCUCCUCUGAGAAUGACGGGAAGAAGUAGGACCAUGUGACCGCGUCUCACAUGAAGAACGGCAGAACAUUAUCAGACAUCAGUUCCUUGGUGUGGAAUAAGCGUCGCCUCGCUCAGAGGCAGAGAAGAAGAACACAAAAACAGACCUCUUUCAUUUCUUACUAGUGACAGCUCUGGGUUUUGUAACGCCUGGCAGAGGAACCUUACAAAGCGCACAUCUAUGAGGAGGAGAGAGAAGAGGAGGAGAGGCUGAAUGUACAGGUGGCUCACACCUGCAGCGGUGUGGAUCAUCUUUUUAAACUCCUAUCGGGUACAAAAGCAGCAUUAGAAAGCUACAAAUCUAUAAUUAUCCUUAUUGUUCUCAUGAUUAUCGAAGUGGUCCUCCUCCCUCCAUAGUGCUGACACCACAUUUGUAUUACUAACCUGUACUUGAGAGUAACCAUGUUGAUUGUAUUGUCUUUAUGUGAGAGUAAACCUUCACAUCGAUCUACCCAGUGCCAUGUAGAAACCCCAGUGGUGUAUAUAUCCUGUACAGAUUCAUGGCAGAGCACUAAUAUGCUUUAUUGUACAAAACGUGGGUCCCAUCGGGGGAGCAGGGGCCGGAGGGGGAAUCCAGCAGAAGCAGAUGUGGUCAUCUUUUAACCUUUAUCUCUCAGAGGAAACCUGCUGUAGCUUUAGUGUGAUGGAUGAUAAAUAUGGUGCUGUAGCAGCAGUUUUGUGGGCAGAGUUUGUGCCUGCUGGGAAGUCGGUUUUGCUCAGAUGAAAGUUGCACCGUCAGGGUAAAUUUGGGCUCUGAUUUCUAACAAACUUUGACUCGAGGAGUGCUGAUUUUUAGCCGGAUUCACCCAUAAGAAUGACACAGUGAAGCCUCAGAAGUAGCUCUGUCAUCCGAUCUUUUAAAUCCUUGAGACUAGUUUGUGUCAGGAGGAACACGGUGAAUCUACUGAUGAAUGGACCUGAUGGAUGUAGGCAAUUUGAUUCUGUUUUUUUUAAUGUGUGGUUGUUUUAAUGGGCGUGUUGAGGGCAAAGCAGCUGGUCCACCGGCUACUUUAAGAUGUGCGAACUGAAGACAAAACAGCAGCAAGACGCUGCCUCAAAACGUCAUAACUAGAAACAAAUAACGACCUCAUUUUUCUAAAUUGAAAGAUUAUAAAAUAUACAUUUAUUUAAAAAUGAAGAGAUAUGUCUGUUAAAACAGCUUGCUAGCACAGCCUGUCUUAUGGGCAGUUAAUGCUAGAUUUUAAAUAUAAUUUUUAUUUUAAGAAUACUAUUUUGUUGUUUCGAUAUGUAUUCAAGAAAGUUAUGUAUUCUAAUGAGUUUCUGAUUAGAUGGAAUUACUACAGCAAACCCAAUUGGGUGUAAUAAAAACAACAAUUGACGCUAGCUAGCCUAGCUUAGCGAAUUAGCAUCAACUGCUACCUUUGUGACUGUUGAGAUUCAUGGUGCUGUAUUUGAUCAAAACUGUCUCUAAAUCAUACUUUGAAUAUUCUUGAGAAAAUGAAUACAUUCAACCUCAGAUACGGUGCAGUUUGUGCUCAACAUUGGUUGAACAGUGAAUUCUUUAGUAGGAAUGUCAGUUUUAAGAUGAGCUCAAUGAAGGUUUUAUGACUAGCGUAUUUUUCCCCACUCUUCUGUUUUCUGGUCUAACUAUUUAUUUGAACCAGUUUAUGUUUUUGCAGCUUAUGGACUUUGUAGGAAAGUGCUGCUGCUCACGUUGUGAAAGACAGUCGGCAAAGAACUUCUUAAUUCCCCAAAUAAUUUAAACAAUCUAAAAACAGAUGAACAAAUUGCCGUAAUAUCGCUUAUUUUUGUCAUUUUUCUGUUGAAAAAAAUCUUUCUUGGAGUUAAAACUUUACACUUCAUACAGUUAACUGAAUUGUGAAAAACACUCUUGUUUACACAGUGUAGGACAUUUAAGCUCAGGUAAACUUGAAGGUUUUUGUUGUUUUUUCGAGUGUCAGCUUAAGCCUCCAUACAUUUUUGGACGUUUUACAUUCUUGUGUUGGGGAGUUUCUGCAACGUGUUUAAGAAACAGUUUACUCGCAGCCCCAUUUCUGCAAUUGAGAUGACAAGAUCUUUCCAAACUGAGCGACUUUUACAAGAACCCUGGGUCAUUUUUUCAUCACUCGCUGCUUUGCCUUCAGUAAAUCUUAACAUUUUGUGUAGAUCUAAUAGUGUUCAUCUGUUUUUAGACUUCUUCAUUUUCAGUUAAAGUGAUGCAGAACAGGACUGAGAGACCUGACGUGCUAAAGCUGCCCUCACUUUUUGUAUUUGUGGUUGAACUGCUUGCUUCUCUGGAUUUUUGGGCUCUGACCCCUGCUCCCAUGCUUUCUCUCAGCUGACCAGCUCACUGCAGAGCCUCUGGUGGACACAGUGGGCGGCUUUUACCUCUCUCAGAGGCAGAGAAAUGCUUGUUUUAUCUGACAGAUGAUCCCGUUUCUCAUUCCGACCAUCGAUCUAACAAAGAUAAAAGUAAGAAUAAGCUAAUGAAGGAAUCCCAGAGCACAGACAUGGCUGCAGUACCCAUGCACCAGCUUUUGAAUGUCAAUAGUUAUGGGACGAACUGGAGUAAGUGUCACUGGUCCAGCUUGGAGAGUCCAGUUCAGGUAGCUGGAGGGGAAGUUUUCUGUUAGACGCUUGGCCUCUGAUCCAAGAAGCCUAUUCAGUUUUAAGAGAUGGUGGAGCUCUGAGAUAUAUUAAUCUGGCUCUGCAUUUGUAUUGUUUUGCUGCUUGUUCCACAUAUUUUGGGUCGUUUUUUCUGCUUCUACUAGUUAUUUUUGGUUGUUUGCUGCUUCUUUUACUUAUUUUUCAUUGUUUUG